AUGGUCGGCGGUGUCUCGUUGCUUCAUUCCGACGAUGAUUCUGAUGUGCCGGAUCUCGAUCUUCCAAUGAGCAAUCGUCGGCGAACCUUCUUCAACAAAUCGCCCACUUCGGAGUACACCGAGUUGCGUCAGCGUCGGAAGAGCGUCAAGAAGAUAAUGGUCCUCUCAUUCGCCCUCAUUUUUCUAUUCCUCGUUUAUUUCCUGUAUAGCGCAUUGUCCAGAAUCAAGAAGAUCGAUGAUGAGUUAAGAGUCCUGCGAUCCGAAGCGUCUCAUAUGCAUGAAUUGGACCUUGAGGUUCGAAAGCUUCGAAUGCAACUAGAUUUUUAUCGAGAGAAUGAUGAGAAUAAUCACAAUAAUACUAUGAAUUCAACCAAACCUGUGACCGCUUUGAUCUAUGAUCAAAUCGGAUCAAUGUCCAGUAAAUUCCAGAAUGUGCAAUCCGGAUUCCAAAGGAUAUCGCUUAGCAUGGAGGAUGUGACCAGCCGAAUGUCUCGCGUCGAGAACCAAUGUCUGGCAGUUUGCCACCAUGACCGUUUCAGCAAAGAACCGCAGCAGAGGCGGCGGCAGACGAAGGAGAAGAAGCCGACAGAUGAUAUUGUAUUUAAACGAACAAAUUAG